GUGCCACUUUCAGGUCUCCUCACACUGCUGGGUGGGUUCCAUUUUGUCAUACAGGGUGACUGGCAGAUUACGGGCCUCCGCCAUUGCUGCUGCCAGGCCCGUAAUCUGUCCAUGGGUCCCCUGUACAGCCUCCUCAUGCUGCUGCGCAGGUCCAGAGUGUGUCAUGGGGUCCCUGUACGGCCUUCACAUUUGCUGCUGUCUCCAUCGCCACACUCUGCCAUGUGCCACUUUCAGGUCUCCUCACACUGCUGGUGGGUUUUUCCAUUUUGUCAUAGGGUGCUGUAUGGGGGGGGGGCCCCAUUGCUGCUGCCUCCACCGCGUAACAUGACAUGUGGCUACUGUACACACUCUGGUUUUGGCUGCCCGUGAAGCCUGCCCGACAGGAGUGAAGUGUGCAGUGAUUCCUCGGUUCUUAAGAACGAGACGGCACUCAUGCUGCAUGUCAUACUG